GCAGGCUCAGAGUGACCUUACGAUGUUUUUAUGAUCGAGAAUGGCAGUGAAUAUUUUGAUUUCCUUCGUAUUAUUUCCUUGUUAAUCAUCAUCUUAACUCGUGAUAAAGAUGUGGAUCAAGCCAGAAGAAGUUCUUCUCGCCAAUGCUCUUUGGUAAAUACGAUUCGAUACCAAAUCAAAAUUUCAACCAUUUACGAAUAGGCGCCACAAAGAAGACGACCACAGAGACCUUUCGAUAAUUUUAGUAUUUUUGUCCAUUUUCAGGGUGACUGAAAGAGCGAAUCCCUACUUUGUUCUCCAACGAAGAAAGGGUCAUGGUGGCGGCGGAUUGACUUCGCUUUUGAUCGGAACAUUAGAUAAUGUUUUAGACACGAAGGUAUUUUUGUGUAGUAAAAAAUUAAGUUUUCCGCUAGUGAUUCAUUUGAAUUUGGCCAUUCACGCAUUUUACGAGCUUUGGACAGCGACAUGUUUGUUUUAAAGUUUUUUCUUUUGUUGUUGUUGUGUUUUCAACUUUCUGCUGUAUUUGUUUCAUGUUUUACAGCCUGCUCCGUUUCGAAUUCUUCUGCAACUACCCAGCUCUGACAUAAGCUAUGGUAAGAAUUUGGUUAUUUUAUAAGCUGAGUUAUGAAAAAUUAUUCAUAGUAUGCACCAGUAUGCCAGUUAAUUCAGUUAUUAAAAUAGAAAGGCUGACUUUAUGUGGUCCUCUUUCCAGGCCUGUCAACCCCCCACCUCAUCAAAUAUUGAAACAUGAGGUCAUUUGUGCACAAAAACACGCGAAAAAGAUGUUGUUGGAAUUGUAACAUAAUUUCACCUGAUUGGUUUACUUCCCACCAAUCACAUAAUUUAUUGCUUAUAUUACAAUUCAAAGUAGACAGACUGCAAAUUAUAGUGGUUGCUAAAAAAUAUAUCUACGUGUCCCAACUGUUCAUCAGUAGGAUGCCAAAAAUGUGUACAAUUCCACAAUAGGUUUCAGCUCCAUUUAAUCCACAUACCACAAUUUCUGAGGAAAUGUUCAGUGUUAAAAGUUUAUAAAAUUAAUGGCUCAAACAACGAAAAAUAUUUGACAUUUCAUUGCCAUAAAGUCGAAUCUACAAGAAAUUGCAAACUUUGCCAAUUUUAUCCAGGAGAUUUCAGACUCUAAUCUGGAGACCGGGAGAAUUGAUGAUUUUGAUCCACUGACCAUAGACUUUAGGUCAGAGUUCCUCCAAGUCUUGGGAAUACGGCAAUUCUGUAUAUUUAGCCUCUCUCCUUGAAGGCUAUACACAAGAAACCUACAGUGUAUCUGUAAAACUGGUCCUCACUAGCAACACAAACCUUUUCAUUUCUUUUCUUACUUACCAGUAAUUGCAAGUGGAGCAUCAUUCAGUGAAAUAGAGGCUGACUGGAACUGGCUGGCAAAAUAUUUGUUGGAAACUUUAGGUACUGUAAUUAACAGUCGAUAAAUAAUUGCCGCAGGAUCAAUAUUAUUAGGCUUCAUAGCAGGCAGACUCAAAUUUGGUAGGAUUAAUGUAUAAUAGUUGAUGGGAAACUGAUUUGCAAAGUGGGCUGCCUGGGGCUCUUAUUCUUACAAGACUAGACCAUUGUUUAGGGUCUAAACCCUUUAAACCCUAAGAUCAAAAUUUGAAUUCUCAUUUGUUGUCCCUAUUCAUUUCCUACCUUUGUUUGGGGGGUCUAAAAAAUGAUGAUCAUGUAUGAAACAAAGCAUUGAUAUUACAAGGAGAAAUUUUGCUGAUAAUGUCCUUAAAGGGUUAAAAAAUGGUUAGACCUUCCUGUGGCUGUGACAACCUGAUAGAAAAGGUCCAGUCCAAAAACUGUUUCUACAAUUUGUGCUUGCUAUAUUUGCAACAUAGAUAAGGUUGGUUUUUUCACUAGUGGAUUAUUUACAUGUCCAAAUACCGGUAAUGUCGAGCCUCUCUCUCGGUAUCUGCAGAUGUAAUUUUUGUCACUUAUUUUACAUCAAAUCAUUGUGUUUUAAAUAAUCAUUACAUGUCAAGAAUAUUGUUUUGCGUGAUAAUCAGGGCUGUUAUUUAGAGCAUAGUUGCAUAGGAAAAUAGAAGAAAAAUAGAACCAAAAGAAAUCCCUAGCUGUUUGAUUCCCCGCCUACUUGUUAAAAUGCUUCUUGCGAGCUUGAGCAACCAUGACAAUGCUGACGGAAACUAAGAGGCAACAAGUUUAAUAAGUGAAACAAAAUCUCUGAAAAUGCAGCACACUUUCUGGCAGAUUUCUUUGUGGUAUCUUAUAGAAAGUGCAAUCAUGGCUUUAAUCUCUAAGAUUGUUGUUUCAUCAACAGUGUUUCUUGCAAAUUUGAUUUCAUUGGAAAUACCCGUGGAGAGGCUCAAUGUUUAAUUGAAGUUUCUUCAACAGGGGGGAUGUAUGUUGUUGUAAAUUACUUUCCUUAGUCAACUAACUUUUUGAAAAUGGAACAAAGGUGUAUAUGGGAAAGAACUUUAAUGAUACUCUCAGGUUUGGCACUUCUCUCAAGCAGAAACUACCAAGGGCCCCACUGGUGCCUGCUCAAUACAGGUUUAUGUUUUAAUGUUUCCAGUCACGUUCUUGUAUCAAACAAAAUUAUUAUUUGUGAUCUAGAGGCAAUUGAAAGUGACGAGGAUGUCAGAGAGUUUGUGAAAGCCAAGAUUGAGAGUCUGGUGGCAAAUGUCACAACUGACCAAGAUGUUGUGACAGAAACAGAAACCAGCAGAUUUAAAUCAGCAGCAAUAAGAUUUCAUAGGAUCUUUAACAUUCCAGCAGAUGAAAAACUUGUGAACUGUAUGUUCUUUAACUUGUGUUUUGAUUUAACUGUACUUAAAUGGCAUGCCUUAAGCUACCAAGAGACUGAACCAAUUUUCUUGUGGUUUUUGAGCUUGAUAAUCCAUGUGGGAUGUUCAGAGAAUACAAGAGAUUCUUGCAAAUUCGGUGAAUAACCAGUUUUCUUACUGUCCUCCCAACAAUCCUAGUAAAUUUAUAACUCGCUUUUUCGUUUCUAAAAGAAAUCGUGAAAGAAAGUCAAGCCAUAAUAACAAAAACAAAGCUAAAAGGGACAAAAAUAGCCAAUAAAAAGUCGUAGAAAAUCAAAGUGGUAAUUUGAAACCUUCAUGCAAACGUGUGUGUUGUUUUAAAUACAAAAAUGCGGCUGCUUUUUUAAAAAUAUUUCUUAACUAAAAAUCAUGUUUUCUGGCUCUGUUAGCAAAGCGAAGCCAUUUAUCUCAAAACUCAGUCUAUUGCUUUUAUUCUUUUUUGAGUUGCUUUUUAGAAAGUGACAUGGAUGAAAUAGUUUUUGAGAAACAAUGAUUUCUAAAAAGGUCGUCAGACGUGGAGUAGGCUGGACAGACUCAAUAUUUUUUUUGCACAGUUUAAUGAUCAGGUCGAUUUGAAUGAGAACAAGGUUUGGACUACUUGUAUUGCAGUGUAGUGUUUCAUAAGCUACAAAUUAAGUAAUCAAUUUAAUAAUUAAUGAAAUAGGUGUUACUUUUUGUAAAAUGUCACAAGCUUGUGUCAAAGCAAAGAAAAAAUGUUUUUAGUCUUCGAUAUUGUCAGUUGGGCACUCAGCCUGUGCACUGUACAGGAACUCAGUGUUGAACUACAUUGUAGGGCAUUUACUAGGUUAAUAAAGGUGCCGCAAGAUUAAUUUUGGAAAUUAAAUGUAACAUUUUUAUGUUAACGUUCCUUUACUAGAUUACUCCUGUAGCUACUGGAAGGGAAGAGUUCCUCGUCAAGGCUGGCUGUACUUGUCAGUCAACUACAUGUGUUUCUAUUCAUUCUUAAUGGGGAAAGAGGCAAGGCUUGUCAUCAGAUGGCUGGAUGUGGUGGUAUGUCAAAUAAUUGACCUUUGUGAUCAACAAUUUAUUAUCAUAGUUAAAGAGAUUGGCACCUUUAUUCAACCCUUUAAGUCCCAAUUUCAGAAACAAAUUCCCCAGACUGAUCUGCACACUUUUCUUUACAAGAAAAACAAUAACGACAACAGCUUUUUACAAAAAGUGUUGAACAAAGAGAAAAAGUCAUUAAUAUAUAGUAGAAAAGAAUUGGACCUAGGACUGAUCCCUGAGGUAUACCACAAGAUAUACCGGUAAGAUUAGACUUUACACCAUUAACUGCGACAAAUUGUUGGUGAUUACUAAGAUAUGAAGUAAACUGGUCUUAAGCUAUGCCCUUUAUCCCAUAAAAGUCAAGGCUUUCAAUAAGAAUAGCAUGAUUAAUUUUACAGUGUCAAAUCUCUUUCUAAAGUCUCAAAAAAUUCUACAUGAUCAAUCACAUGAUCAUUUACAGUAUAUUGAUCAAUUUGCUGUUGAAUUAUAUCAAUAUACUGUAAAUGGCAAAGUCAAUUGAAUGCUUGUAGCUCAGAAACCAAACUGACCUUGAAAAAGUUUCUUCUUUUUUUAAAAAAUUAUUUUAAAAUUUUUGAGAAUUAGUUAAGAGAAUAAUUUGUUAAUAAUUUUAUAAAUUCCCAUAACAUUUUCUCUUAGACCUUAUGUAUUGACAUUUUAGAAGAAAUUGAUGUUGGUUACUCUUGGGACUUGGACUCUUAAAAAGUUUGAGGGAGAGAAGGGUCUUGAAGGGCAAAUUUUUGAAGGAAAGUUUGAGGCUUAACUGGAAUUUCCAGAGUGAGGGAAUGUGGGGUGGUUCAAGCCAAAACCCCUUCUCUGUACUGUAGGUAGAGUAUAGAUAUUUACAUUUAUGUUAACAAAUCGUAAUAUUUAGUCCUUAGAGAGAAGCAGUAGUGUUCUGUUCACUGAUGGUGUCAAGGUUACAACACGAGAAGGAGAGGUGAGGAAAUACUAUCAGGGUGUUUUCUUUCCUUUUCUCUCCUCUUCACAUUUAUAUUGGUUGUCAUUCAAAGUUUCUCUGUGUUUUCAAACCAGUUUAAUUUCUUUUUUUCUGUGUCUCUGACUAUGGUUAUUGCCCUAGAUAAUCUUUAAAACCUGACCUCAAAGGAGAAGUAAUAAACAAAGUGUCUUCCUCGAGAUUGCCAAAAAUAGCCCAUGGCUGUGAUUGUUUCUCUGAUU